UUGUGGAGUGGAUCUGUGGGCGCUCGCUGAAUGCUAUAUUUGUGACGUGAUAGGGAAGUCAGUCGAUUCGCGGUUCGCGCUUUGUGAUAUUGCGUGCAAGAUGGGAAUUUUCUUUGCUAAGAAAAAGCCGAGUCGGGUCACUGAGCAGGACAAAGCGAUCCUGCAAGUGAAACAAUCAAUGGAUAAAAUUAAGCAGUACCAGAAGAAACUUGAGGAAAGCAUGGAGAAGGAACGAUUACUUGCGAAGGAACUUUCGAAAAUGGGCAAGAAAGACCGUGCAUUACUGUUGUUAUGCAAGAAGAAAUAUCAAGAACAAAUUAUGAAUCGCUUAUACCAUCAAGUAGAAAGUCUUCAUCGUUUGAUAAUGGAUUUGGAAUUUGCUAAAAUUGAGAUGAAAGUUGUUGAUGGCCUAAAAACUGGCAAUACUGCAUUGAAGCAAUUAAACACUUUGAUGUGUAUCGAUGAUAUUGAAAAGAUUCUAUGUGAGACGAGAGAGGGCAUCGAAAAGCAAAACGAAAUUGCUGAAAUAUUGACGUCAACUAUUGCUACAGAGGAAAAAAUUGACGAAAGAGAAAUUGAAGCAGAAUUGGAUGCACUGAUGGAAGCAGACAUUAAUGAGAAAGCUCCUGAUAUACCAAAGGAUGUUUUAUUAUCAGAUGUACCAAAGGAUGUUUUAUUACCAGAUGUACCAAAGGAAUUACCGGAAGAGGAGAAAAGUCGUACAAAAGAAAAGAUUCAAGUAAUGCAGUAAAUGGCAUUAAACUCAGGAAUUAAUGGACUUUUGAAAUAAGUGAUAAUAAUAAAUGUAAAAUUAAUUAACAGACAAUUGAGAGCUAAAAAUAGAUGCCAGUUAUUCUUGCGUAUGAUUAACAAAUUUAUUUUAUCAAAAAAGAUAUUACAUUAAAUUCGCACGAAGGCCUUGAUGAUACCUCGAACG